AUGUACGUGUAUCUCUCUCAUAGCGACAACCCGAUGGCUGAUAUUUAUGGUGCAAAUCUGUACAACCGCUACCUCAAAGCGAUGCAUCGCACCCGUGCGCAGGCGCAGGGCGGCUCGAGCAGCCAGGUGCCCGGAGACCUGCAGUGUGAAGCUUCCGACGAUGCCAAAGGUUCAGGACGGGUGAUGGUGGGAGGCUCGUUCGAUCACCAUCUGCCCGAAGGCUGCAGCUCCAUCCUGGUCUGCACGGGCGUCUACAACCGUGACCACCAGGACCUGCCCUCGGACCCCGAGCAGACAGUCACAGAGCAGCAGAUCUUUCACGGUCACCGGGACUUCCGCUUCGACCCCAGUCUGACACAGCCCUCCUUCCACGGUCACCGGGACUUCCGCUUCGACCCCAGCCUGACCCAGCCUUCCUUUGUCGUCCAUGACGUUCGGGAUGGAGUGGAGUUGGUCUUCCAGCUGGAGGGUUGGUCACUGCAGUAAACCAUCGUUUAUUACACCACGUCUACAUGCCAUGCGUCACGACUAGGGCUGCAAAACGAUUAGUC